UCUGAUUGGUCAACUGGAUCAGAAAUGGACGGUGAGAAGUCCGCGAACAACAACAGUAGCCCUUAACAUCUUGAAAAACGGGAUAAAAAUGAGCAUCAAAGUCAUUCAAUGUUGGAUUUAUCAUCAUGGACAUGUUGUACAAAGUCUCCGAAAAGACACUGAAGUUCCAGGCCGCACUGCAAAUCUUCUGCAAGGGCCCCGGGUCGCACGGAAGCCCCGCCUGGGACGGCGCAAGUGUUAGCUUCCCCUCAAAACAAACCUUAGCAGUACCUGUCUCGCACUUUUGGACAGAUUUCAAGAGGAGAACUCAGAUCAGAUGUUUCCUCGUCACCUGGACUCAGAAGACGAUAGCCCAAUUACCUCAUGUGAUUUUGAGUCAUUGUGCAUCUGGACUCCAUCAAAUCACAGCCACCAAAGUGACUGGUCAGUGGUGUCGCCACAGCAACCAGAAAGCGCACAGGUCGGGACGAUGCCUGCGACUGACCACUCAGAGGGAAGCUCUGACGGGCACUUCCUUCUCCUAAGCUCCUCGUCUGCUGCUGAGGCCUCUGGGAGAUGCGAGUUCCACUUAACCAGCCCGGUCUUGCUAGGAAGCAGCAAGCACUGCAUCUUGCAGGUGGCUCUGUUUGAGUCCGAUCCAGCUUCUGGGAACCUAACGCUCCUGAUCAAACCAGUUCUCUCCGAUUCAGCUGUCCACUCUGUGGUCCUCAACCACGGGAGGCGAGAUGACCGCAGGGCUGAGUGGGUGGUUCUGGAGAGUGUGAUUGGCCAGAUGGAAGAGCCCUUUGAGGUGACGCUCCUCUACACUUCCUGUUUGUGGGAAGAUGGUGUCACUGUGGCUCUGGACUCUCUGGAGUUCAUAGACUGUGAAUCAGAACACCAGGAUGCAGUUUGCGGAGAAUAUUUCCACUGUGUUCAUUCCGAAGUCUGCAUCGACCCAAGCCAAGUGUGCAACUUCCACAAUGACUGUCAGUAUGGAGAGGAUGAGGGCUUCAUCUGUGGUGGUCUUCCGUCUGGCUCACACUGUUCGUUUGAACAGGACACAUGUGGUUGGUCUGUGUCCAACCCGCACUCGGCCUGGAGGAGGGUCGCUCAAGAUGAGCUGCUGGAGAAAGAAGACAUGCAGGGUGUCACUCUGCGGAGUACUCCAGGGUACUUCUUGUUUCUGCAAGUAAGAGAGAGUGAUUCUGUUCGAGAGGCAUCCAUUCAGAGCUCUUCUUUCCCUCCUCCAGUCUCUUCUUCUGCCUGCCAGCUGCGCUUCUCUCUGUAUAUGCAUGGGGACUUCAAUGGUUCGUUGUUGGUGGCUAUAGAGGAGAACGAGACCACCACUGCGCCACUAGUCUGGGAGAGAAAUGGUCAGCGGGCAGACGACUGGGAAGAUGUUGCCCUGCAGUUGACUGGCCUCCGUCAUGGGUUCCACGUGAAGGUGUCAGCUGUGUGGGGAGAAGGCUCCAAUGCUGAUGUUGCGCUUGAUGAAAUUGCAUUUGGAGCAACCUGCUUCACUACAGAUAUCAACUCUCUGCUGCCCUUGACAGACUUGGAGGAUAUCUUCAGCCCCCUUCCUGAGCCCUCUGCCUCAGAGGUUUCUCUGAUGGUGUGGUGGUUCAACUCAUGCGGCGCCAGUGGUCCUCAGGGGCCGACCCAGGCCCAGUGUGACAGCACCUACAGGAACAAAAAUGUCAAUGUUACUGUGGGGAAGGAGAGCCCAUUGAAAGGAGUCCAGAUGUGGAGAGUACCUGCUACCAACAGAUAUCAGAUCUCUGCCUAUGGUGCUGCAGGAGGGAAAGGAGCCAAAAACCACAACAAACGCAACCACGGGGUCUUCAUUUCUGCCAUAUUUCCUCUGGAGAAAGGAGAUGUGCUUUACAUCUUGGUGGGCCACCAGGGCGAGGACGCGUGUCCAGGGAGAAAUUCUCACACUCAGAAGAUCUGCCUGGGAGAGUGGUCAGUGAUCGAGGAUGACCUCAGGGGAGAGGCUGGUGCUGAGUGGGCUGGAGGGGGAGGUGGAGGAGGUGGCGCAACCUAUAUCUUUAAGAUGGAGAGUGGCGAGAUGAUUCCCUUGCUGAUUGCAGCUGGUGGAGGAGGAAAUGCUUACCUGGAGGACCCAGAGUCCAGUUUGGACCAGAUACCACUGGAGCAGUACGAAAACAGCACCAUACGUCCCAGUAGCAAUGGUCAAACUGGUGCUGCAGGUGGAGGCGGAGGUUGGAAAGACAAUCUGAGUCCUCAUAUGAGAGCUGGAAAGUCUCUGGUGGAGGGUGCAGAGGGGGGGUCGGCAUGUCCUCUGGCCCUGUCCAAGCUCAACUGGUCCACCUUUGGGGGUUUUGGAGGAGGAGGUGGAGCCUGCACAGCCGGAGGUGGUGGAGGAGGGUACCGAGGAGGUGAUGCGGCGCUGACAGAUGAAAUCACAGCUGACGGUCAGAACGGAGUCUCAUUCAUUCAUCCAAUGGGAGAGAUCUUCCUGCAGCCUCUGGCAGCGAUGGAGAGUCAUGGGGAGUGUGAGAUCAAGGUGCAGCUGAACUGCAGCCACUGUCAGAUGCAGAGCUGCAAACGUGAAGAGGAUACUCACCUAAUCCUCUGCCUUUGCGACGAAGACGAAGUCCUGGCCAGUGACAAUGUGACAUGUAUUGGUACUGUAGCAGCUCCUCAGGGCCCAGCUCCACAGGGCCAGAUGUCGACACUGCUGAUCCUGGCAGUCGUGGUCUCCACCAUCGCAAGUGGCUUCACGCUGAUCUGCGCCAGCGUCCUCCUCAUGUGGUACCGCAGGAAGAACCACCUGCAUGCAGUGAGAGGACGUCUGCAGAGUCCAGAGUACAAGCUGAGCAAGAUCCGCUCCUCCACCAUCAUGACGGACUACAACCCCAACUACUGCUUUGCGGGGAAGGCUGCCUCACUCAGUGAACUGAAGGAAGUGCCGCGCAAGAACAUCACACUUUUCAGAGCUCUUGGUCAUGGCGCAUUUGGUGAAGUCUAUGAAGGGCAAGUGUUGGGGAUAAAUGAUGAUAACAAUCCCAUGCAGGUGGCCAUAAAGACUCUUCCAGAAAUCUGCUCUGAACAAGAUGAAAUGGAUUUCCUCAUGGAGGCACUGAUUAUGAGUAAGUUCAGCCAUGAGAACAUUGUGCGCUGCAUCGGCGUCAGUCUCAACAUCUUGCCACGUUUCAUCCUGCUGGAGCUUAUGACCGGAGGAGACAUGAAGAGCUUCCUGAGACAGAACAGGCCACGAGCUGGUCAGACCUCAUCUCUCACCAUGCGGGAGCUGCUGCGGAUGGCCAGAGACAUCGCCUGUGGUUGUCGCUACCUGGAGGAGAACCACUUCAUACACAGAGACAUUGCUGCCAGGAAUUGCCUGCUUACGUGCUCUGGACCGGACCGAGUGGCUAAAAUUGGAGACUUUGGCAUGGCACGAGACAUCUACAGAGCCAGCUAUUACAGGAAAGGUGGUCGUGCCAUGCUGCCAGUUAAAUGGAUGCCACCGGAGGCCUUCAUGGAGGGAAUCUUCACCUGCAAGACUGAUACAUGGUCAUUUGGAGUGCUGCUGUGGGAGAUCCUUUCCCUGGGCUACAUGCCCUAUCCUUGUAAAACCAACCAGGAGGUGCUGGAGUUUGUCACCAGCGGAGGCCGAAUGGAUCCUCCAAAAGGCUGCCCAGGGCCUGUCUAUCGGAUCAUGACCCAGUGUUGGCAGCACUGUCCCGAGCACCGGCCCAACUUCUCAACUAUCCUGGAGAGAAUUAACUACUGCACUCAGGACCCAGAUGUGAUCAAUACACCCCUACCAGUAGAAUAUGGGCCCAAUACAGAGGAUGACGGCAGGACAGCAAUCCGCCCCUCUGACCACACCUCCACCAGCCUCUCGCCAUUCCUGGUGUCCCACUCCGUUUCCCAGGAUUGCUCCAACCAGCUGGGGCUCUCCUCUCUGGGCCUAGGUCCAUCUCCUCUUCCGCCACAGCCCACCAAACCUCGUCUGCUCCUCCAGAGAAUCCAACCUGUCCACCAUGAAGUGACAUCAUGCCACGAGGCGCUGCAGCCGUCCUGGGCUGAGCCUGUCCCUGCCCCUGGUUUGUCAGCAGCAGCAGGAGGGCACUGGCUCCAUCCUGAGCCUCCACCCCACAGACCUUGCUCCAGAAACAACUCCUCGUCUGGGAGCCAGAGGCUGAAGAACAAGACUAAGAACCUGUGGAACCCCACAUACGGCUCCUGGGUUUUGGAAAACUUCAGAGGGAAGAAAACGCUGGCUCACACUCAGUCCAUGCCACUCUCAAGCUCCACAUCUUCCACCACCAACACUUCCUGCAACCCAGCUAUAGAGAGCAACGAGGCUGGGUGUGACAGCGCCAGCAGCACUCACCUCAACCCUUCAAGCCCUUGCUCUUCCUCCAUUCCAUCCCCUUCUUGCCAGCCCCAAGCUGCCCAGAGUAUAUCCUCGCAUAAGACCUCAGCAGGUGGAACCACAAAAGCUGGCAUCGACCUGGUUAAGCUCCAGAGUUUCCCCUGUGGCAACGUCAACUAUGCCUAUGACGAGCAAAGCUACGAGGCAGAGAGCCUGCCCCUGGUUAUGCCCAAAGCCUCAGAAGCCAUCACAAACACCAGCUCUGCCCCGAGUGUCUCUUCAGGGACUGGCUUGGGAUUGGCAUUAGGCCUCCACACCCCCUCAUCUUGUAUGCCCAAACUGCUGCUGAAGCGUCACGCAAGCUACGGCCACGAAGACGUGAGGAGACACACCAAAGCUGCGAAACCCACACGUGACCGAGACUCAGGCUUUUCUCUGUCUGAAGACCUCAGCGUUACCCCAAUCUGAGAAACGGUUCACUGUAACAGGGAUUUGGAUUUGGAUUAAACUAAAAUGUCGCCAGGAGCCCAUUUUCUCACACGCUAAUAUUCACGCUCUGGAUUUCUAGAACAAAAAGCAUGACCACAGGGUUCUCCGCCACAGUCUGAGAGACACCACAACGAAUCAUUAGAGCUCCUGGAAUGCUGGAAAAACACACAUACUCUCCACUGCACUGUGAUAGAGCGAGCCAGUGCUUGAUUAUUUUCCUAGCAUCUGAUCUGACUGGUAGCUGAACACUGAAGCUCAAGCACUGGACGACACGCAGCCCUGCACUUCCUCAAUGUCUACGCUGUAGGUGCAGCCUGUCAUAAAUAACUGCUGUAGUUGUACUCAUUUUUUUACCCACAUAGUGUUUUUUCUUGUUGUGUCUUUUUUCACAACAGCUUUGGCAGUAGUGUAUGUGAAAUCAUUGUAAACAAUUGUUUGGAAUUAUUUUGUAUUCAGUGAAGACCAGCAAAAACAAGACUAAAAAAAUAUUAAGCCAUUGGGAAGAGAAUCUCAAAGAAUGUGCUUUAUUAGAAGUUUUCAUUUCAGCAGAGUUUGUAGAAAUAGUCAAAUAUAAACUUGUAGUACUAGUUACCUGAUUUGCUUUCAUCCCAAAUAAUGUGAAAACACAUCCUCCCAAACUACUGCAAUAACCUAGAUAAUGUCAUAGAGGAAGAUCUUUUGCCCGGAGUUUUGAUUCUUGACCUUGGAAAACAAAAACUGUCACCAUGGUGUUCACUUACGUGGUGUUUUUUAAGCCUUCAGCCCCAUCUCCUGGACUUCCUUUUAAGAUGAGGUUGCUCAGUUGUCAUGGAGAUGGUUCGGUUUGUUAUCAUCACAUGGCCUAAGAAUGGAAUUUAAGUAAUGCGAUCACAGAAGGAGAUUGUAAGCCUUGUUUGUUGACACAAAUAGCCUCAUUUAUCCCCCUCUGACUGAUGGUUGAAUGUUUUUUACUCUCUCCCCGUCGACGCUGUGAGCGACCUCAGCUUUUGUGCUCACAGCGUGCUGAUAUUGUCUCAUGGGUUGUGUUUGUGAGAAGACGUGUCUCACUUGUGUCGGUACUGAAGAUAUUAAGCUACAACCAGCAGCUGCUUUGCUUAGCAUAUUACGACUGGGAACCAGUUACACAAUACCUACCAGCACAUUUAAGGCACACUAACUCUUAACACCAUUUGUUGUUGUCUGUCUUUUACAUUGGUCCCCCCCCCCUCCUUCCAGUCUUUGUGCUAAGCUAACUGAAUGUUGGCUGUAGCUCACACUGUGUACAUCAAUCAAUCUUCUCAUUUUACUCCCAGCAGAAGACAGCAAAUUGUUAUAUUUUCCAAAAUGUGGAAGAAUUCCUUUAAGGCAGUGAAUGGUUUGUGCUUAGCACCGACUCUUUGUGGCUUAAAAUGUCUGGGUGGAUGUUCUGUGAGUCACUUCUUUUUCCCCACCAAACCGCAGAAAUCUCGAUUUGACUUUGAUUUUGUCCCCGUAUCUACUUGGACCGCAGGGGGCUUCGUGAAUGUCCAAACAUUUAGAAUUUGACGACCUGACCUGUGAACAUAUUGCUAUUGCUAUUUUUGUACUCACUUCCUUACACUGGACUAACCAAUUACAUUUGUAGCCAUUUUGUCAUUUAUUUGACAUUUUCUGUAUCCAUUUAUUGUUUGUGAUGAAUAUGUACUUCUAGUUAAUCACUGCCAUUCGACACACGACUCUGCAGCUGCUGGGGUAGUUGUUUACUCAGCAAGGGGAGGUAUUCAGCUUUGAAAUGCCAAACAUGCUGCUGCAGGUAUCUCAGUCUUCUAUGAUUAAUCAAAGAUUCAAUUGUGAAAAUCUCUGUUUGACGAUUUUAUAUUUUCAGGUUAUUCUUGUUUAAUCCAUUUAAUAGUUGUACUCCGAUAUUUGUCUGUGUUUUGAGCUUAAACGUUUUGAUAAUUUAUUUUUCAAUAUGUUGAACGAAUAGUUAAAUUUACAGUAUAUAAGGGUUUUAUUAGCUUUCUGUAUGUUUUUAUGUUGAGGCCUGCUGAUAUUAGUCAGGGUUUAGCUUAUAUUCUCCACAGUCCACUUGAAAAUAACAUCUUCAGAAAAGGUAAAUUACUAAAAGGAAUAGUUUUCUGUCUUUGAGCCACACAAAUGUUGAUUACAGUGGAAUAUAUUUUACAGAGAAAAAAAACAUGUUUUGCUCAGUGUAUAUUUUUUAAGGCCUGGUAGAUUGACAGUCAAAGUUUUUUUCCCCUGUAUUCUUUAAGUAGCUGAGGGUGUUAUGCCUCAAACAAUAGUGCAAAGACAUUCUAUGCAAUAUGGUCUUUCACACUUUAAUCAUACCUAACUGUGCCCCAAAUAAAUCAGCAUAUAUUUA